GUAAAAUGUCCGACUUCUCGUGUUUCACCAAUUCUCCCUACACGCCAAACUACACUCAAUAUGGUUGCUCAAAUUCAGUUCCAGUAGAACAUUUAGUUGAAUUGACAAGCCAUUUUCAAACUCCAAUAGUUGCCUAUCCAUUUUUGCUCGACACCCCCUUCAAUAUCUACGCUACGAUUCCACAAGUUAUGGGGCACUGCGUGACAAUGGAUGCUCCAAAACAAAUGACCAUGUAUUCACAACUCGACAAUGAUAUAGAUGCGAAGAAGGAGAAUAAUACUCAAGUGGUUCAGACCCAGCCCUCCCAGACAAGAGCAGCUCCGUAUCAGAAGAGAGCACCUCUUAAACAGAGACAAGAAGCUGUAUCUCCCUCAUCGAGUAACUCUGAACAGUCAAAGUACAGCAAGCAGGAAGCUCUUGCGAUGCUUGAUAAUCCAACAAUCAUAAAAGAGAUUGACUUCGAUUUAAAAGAUCUCUGUGAUAAGAUGUUUGUCUUCUUUUCCGAAAACAAGAGGCAUAUUGAAAUUUCGAAACCAAUGAACCAAACAAAUUUCGCGGAGCACAUUCUCAACAGAACUCAAGGAUCGUUGUCCGAACUGCUGAAUCAUCCAAAACCAUGGGACGCAGUUUCCAUGGGAAGAACGGUCUACCAGAGAAUGUUCAAUUGGCUGGAAAUGUCUGAGGAUGAUCGCGCAGAGAUUUGGAAGCUUGAUUUGAAGAAGGAGAAGGCUGACAAGACAACAAAAACUCCGCGAGCACGAUGUUUGCUGUCGCAGGAUCAAAAAAGCCAACUCAGCAUCUUUUUCGAGACCAAUCCCCGUCCAGACUCGCUGGAAAUGAAGCAACUGGGAAGUACUCUCAAUCUUUGCAAAAGCACGAUCAUCAAUUAUUUCACGAAUAUGAGAAGGCGCAAGGCUACGUCUUCAGUGAAAAUGGACCACAAUUAAUAUUCUUUGAAAAUCUGAAGGGUUUAAUUAAUAUAUAAUUUUGAAGUUUUGGUUUGACACGUAUCUCAUCACAAUUGACUGGUGGUUUUUUUAAUUGUGUUCUUCAUCAACAUCAGUUUUGGAGUUAACUUCUUGAGUUGUUCAACAUUCUAUUAGUUUUCCAAUAAAUAUUUAUAAGUA